AGUUUCACGAGGUGUGAUAUUGGAAAACAGUGCAUCACUGUUUAACCUCAGUUUUGGAAGAAUGAACAUUUAAGCAGAAAACUUGAAUCUGUUCACUUUAGACUUUUGCUGAGUAAAUAUGAAAGAUUACUGUGAUCACCAGGAACACAAACGAUCUUCAUCCUCCUCCUUACAAGAGUCUGAAGUAAAACUACGCAGGAAAGAAAGAGUGCCGAAAUGUUGUGUCGUGGGGGACGGGGGCACGGGCAAAACCAGCAUGAUGAUGAGGUACACUCUAGGGAAAAUACUCUCAGACUACCAACCAACCUGCUUUGAAAAUUACACAAUUGAUGUACGAGAUGGAGAAGACACACACCAACUUUGUGUACUAGACACUGCUGGUCAGGAAACAUACGAUCGUCUACGAACGUUGGCGUAUUCCGAUACAGAUGUGUUUGUCGUUUGUUUCUCAGUCUAUGACAGUGACUCGUUUGAAAAUGUUAAACAGAAGUGGAUUCCAGAAAUUAAACAAUUCAAACCUGACACCCCGUUUUUCAUUGUGGGGACACACACAGACUUACGCCAUUCUGUAGUGGACAUUACGGACGACUGUAUCAGUACGGCUAAAGGAAAGAAAUGUGCCAAGAAGUGGGGAGCUAUGAAAUAUCUAGAGUGCAGCUCUAUAGAUGGGUCAGGGCUUGAUGAAGUGUUUCAGUUAGCCUACUCAGCAGCAGUUUCUCCUAAAAAGAAACGACAAACAUGGAAAAGUUUCAAAGACGCCUUUAAAAGACGCACCAUGAAGUUUUAGUGCAAUGCAUCACUUACUGUAUAUUGAUAAGUUGCCAUUAUACAGAUAUAAGAUGUUUAGAUUAUUCCUGUUAAUUGUUGUGUUACCCGUAUGUAAAUGUCUACGGUACAAGUGCUAUUUCACGAAAUCCACAUUUUUAAACAAAUUAAAUCGUAUGUUAAUUGUGAAAUAAAUGCUGUUUUGAAAAGGUAAA